CUCGGCGUCGUUGAGCGAGUGAGCGAGCGACUAAGCGAGCGGGCGAACGAGCAACUAACGAGUGAGUCGAGAUAGCAGCCGCGCGAAUUAUUCGCAAAUCUCAUAUUCUCGGUGGUCGGGCGACAGAGUUAUACUCUGAGUAGUUAAUCGUACGCAAUUGCCGAGCGGGGGACGAACAUCGGUGAGCUUUAGAACACGUUACCUAAAAGGACGACGAGGAGCAAGAGGAGGAAGAGGAGGCGGCGAGAGCGAAAAGGGACGCCGGCAGACAUGGAGAGUAGGCCGGCGCCGCUGCGCUCGCGGCGCGUCUGCCGAUUUUGCUUAUCCAGUUCGGAGCCUCUAAGCUUUCUCUAUGAACGCGAGCACAACAAGCCAUUCCAGGUGCCGCUCUCGUUGCAGAUCAUGUCUUGCGUCUCCAUCGAGGUCUAUCCUUCAGAUGGGAUGCCGCAGAUGAUCUGCCAUAUGUGUCGUUGGAAUCUGGAUCGCUCGUAUAAGUUUAAGUUGCAAUGCAAAAAGGCUGAUGAAGCAUUGAGAGACUACCCUCUAUCUGGAGUAUUGCCGAGACCUUUUCCUCCCAUCUCCAAUGAUCCACCGGAGAUAGGCAAUAAGAGACCCGCUGAGUCUAGGUCAAAGAAUGAGAUCUCAAAAAAGCGACGCACUUCUGAUAAUGAUAACAGAGAUACUAGACGUGAGACCAGAGAAAGAGAGAGGGAAAGGGAACGUCAAAAUGAAAAACAAAAUACUAACGAGGAACACCUUUUCGAAGAGGAGCAGGACGGAGGUAGCGAGGGUGAACAAGAAGUAAAUAUGAAAGAGGAGAGAAAACUAGAGCCGGGAGAGAUCAGAGUGCAUGCAUGCGAUCAAUGCGAACGUACGUUCCCAUUACGUCAGGCUCUACUAUUGCAUGUUCAGCGCGCUCAUCGCGAUCGCAAUUACAAAUGCACCGAGUGCGACCGACACUUUUUCACCAAAUAUGACCUGAGCAAGCAUAUGAGCACACAUUCGGAAGAAAAGCCGUAUACAUGUUCAAUUUGUCAAAAACAAUUUUCACGGCUGACUCAGCUGCAACGUCACGAGAAAGUGCACAGAGAAGAAACUCGUUAUGCCUGUUCUCAUUGCGAUCGCGAAUUCUUUACCACAGAGGAUCUCGAAAAACACGAGGAUUCGGCACACAAGAAAGAGAAGCCGUUCCAGUGUAAUAUUUGCAACAAGCGCUUCCAAUACAAGCAAAGCCUGGAACGGCACGAAAUGCUGCACAGUGAGGAUAAAACUUUUGUAUGCGAUUACUGUAAGGAGGCCUUCCACACCAGCACAAAGUUAGCUCGGCAUCUGGCUACCCAUGCUGGUCAUCGGCCAUAUAUGUGUAAAGUGUGUCCUCGUACGUUCCUGCUAUCGCAUCAUUUGACUAGACAUAUGCGUACCCAUUCAGUAGAGAAGCGCCAUGUGUGCGAGGACUGCGGAAAGGCAUUCAAACGCAAGGAAAGCUUAGAGGUGCAUCAGUUGACGCAUACGAAACGCUCGGGUAUGGCUCUCACUUGUGACGUUUGUCAGGAAUCUUGUCGUAAUCGCGCUGAUUAUGUUACUCACAUCAAACAGCACAUUGAGGUGGGCGAGAAAAUGGGCCCAGAUGGUUUGCAGCCUGAUAAUAAGAAGAAUGUUGAAUUAGAUUCUGAUGAGGAGGAAGAAGAAGAAGAUCAAUAUUCAGACGGAGACGAUGACUACGAGCCGCCGGCGUACAUUGUAAAGAAGUUACCAAUACCACGAAAGCCCUCAGAGAGUGAGGAGGAAGAAGAAGACGAUGAGGAAAGAGAAGACAAAGAAGAGAAAUCCGAGAGACAUGAAAAAGAAGAGCGUAAGGUGGUUUAUGUGCGUAACAAAGAUGGCAAUAUGAUGAAGAAGACCGUUAAGACAUUAAUGCCCAUUCAGCGUCGCGAUAUUCAAGAGCAAAAGGUCACGAAACAAACUAUUCAGAGUAGCUCGAAAGAUGUUACGUCAUCGCAGGAGGAUAGCCCCAAGAGCAGCCACAUAGAUGAAACCGAGGCGCAAGUGCAAAAGAUCGUUGCCUCAGUAUUCAAGGAACAUAAGAUUCAGUUAAAGCAUCAGUCGAAUGUCGAUCAAGAGUCUAAAGAACCAGUAACUCCUGUAACAAAAUCCCCAAUCUCUUCUCAAGAAAAUCGCAAAGAUAACGAUAAGGCAGAAACUCCAACGCCCACUGCAAAGACCAUCAAAGUAAUUAAAAGAAUUGUGCGGAAAUCGACAGGAAGUAGUAACGAAGGAAGUACACCAGUUAGUACACCUAAUACCAAGGAUGCAGAUUCUUCCUCUUCUCUGAGCAGUAGUACUCCUGGUACACAUAAGAUCAGGCGAGUGAUUGUUCGCAGAAUUAUUCGACAGGGUGACACUACUCGUGAAGUUAUUAUGAAUCCAGAUGGUACCACGAUAGAUCCUGCGGAACUGGCAAAAUUACCGGCUGGCAAUGUGGUAAAGCGAGUAGUAACUAAACUACCUCUCGAUAAGAGUCAGAAUUUGAUACAAGCAGUAUUGCAAUCUGCGAAGAAACGUCAAAAAACAGGAGAUGUCGUUGCGAACGAGAAGUUCGAAUUGAAGACUUCAACGUCAUCCAGCGGCGGCACGCCAAAGAGCUCAAUUACUUCGCAAAAGACGCAGGUGAUCACCCACGGCCAAGAUCAAGAAACCAAGGAGAAGCUGGAACAGUUGGAGAAACGAGUGGAGCAGCAAAGGUUGAAGAUCGAGGAGUUACAAGCAAAGAAAGCGCAGCAAGACUACGAGACGAUUGAUGAAAUACCGGAGCGUCAUGACGAGUCUGAGGAUGAACAGCAGCUACCGCUCAAGAGAGUAUUUGUUAAACGGAAACAAAGCAUAUAUGACGAGGAGCGGGAGUAUAAUGAUGACACGGAAACGAUAAAAAGCAACCCGAUCCAAGGAGAAAAGGAAGACAUGGAGGAAGGUUCAAUAAAAAAUGAAGAGAAUCCUAUCAUAGAAGAAACGUUAGAAAAUGUUCAGAAAGAAAUCCAGAGUACGACGGUGACCGACAACAGUACUACAUCAAGUAAUACACCGAUUUCGAAGAAGGUUCCGACGAUCUCGAGCAAUAAGGUGUAUUCGAACAAACGUUACAUGAUUGUAAAGCCUGGCGAUACAUCAGAGGUUGAAGAGAUGAAUCGGGAAUUGUGCAGCAUUUUCGAGACUACCGAUAACGUGGUGAAGAUACAGGAGACGGUUCUGAGCAACCUUACGCAAAUUUCUGGUAUCGCGACUUCAUCGUCAGGCACAUCUGCGAUACGAAAGACUGAGUCUGCGAUAAUCAACGAGCAAUUGGAUCGGAACAGCGUAAUAAUCGAAGAUAAUAUUAAGGAAGAGACGGCGAUGGAGGUUGAAGUUUCGCAGGAGACGGAGAUCAAAUUGGAUUCUGAGGCGGAAGAAUCUUCGCAGGUCAUCACCGUACCAGAGGAAAGUCAACCUGACUCCGGUACUAUCGGAUUGGAUAAUCAAGAUCUUUCCGAAACUGCUUCGAUCUUUGAGGCAUCAGACGACGUGCUAGAUAUACAGAAAUCGGCGAGCGGUAAUUUGAACGAAUCCGUCAUUGAAUUGGCACAGGGCAAUAACACUAUCAAUUUGAAUGAUACUAAUGAUAGUCAGGACAGUUUGGAGGACAAGCUUUCACAAAUGGAAGGUUGA